AUGUCUUGCCAGCAAAACCAGCAGCAGUGCCAGCCCCCUCCCAAAUGCCAGACCCCCAAGUGCCCUCCCAAGUGCCCUCCCCAGCCUCCAUGCUCUCUCCCUGUGUCCUCUGGCUGUGGAUCCAGCUCUGGGGGAUGCAGCAGCUCUGGCUCUGAGGGCGGCUGCCACCUCUUUUCCCACCAUCGCAGGAGAUCCCAUAGAAGCUCUGGCUGCUGCGACAGUGGCAGUGGGCACAGACAGCAGUCUGGGGACUGUGGAGGUGGCUCAGGGGGCUGUUGCUGA